GGCGCUUAAGUUGUAUUAAUAAACGGAAAACACGUUGUAGGUUUGUCAUCAAGACAACAUUCACAAUGUCAGUAAAUCAGAUACCAGAGAAAGAACCGAUGAAUCCCGAGGGAAAGAAAAAUGGAGAGAAAUCUCUAAAUAAUGUAGAACUGAAGAAAGAACUUGGGUUGUUAAAUGGAAUUGCAAUCAUUGUGGGGAUAAUAGUGGGGUCAGGAAUAUUUGUAUCGCCUCGUGGCGUGUUACAAGAAGCAGGCUCCGUUGGCAUGGCUCUCGUCGUGUGGAUAGCGUGUGGCCUUAUUUCGAUGCUUGGUGCAUUGUGCUACGCCGAACUCGGAACAUCUAUACCAAAAUCUGGAGGUGACUAUGCCUAUAUUUAUGAAGCUUUUGGACCCUUACCAGCAUUUUUGUUUCUGUGGGUAGCACUUUUGAUCAUUAUGCCCACAGGAAAUGCGAUAGCUGCCUUGACUUUCGCGAAUUACAUCCUAGAGCCUUUCUUUCCCGGCUGUACGCCGCCACCAAAUGGAGUAAGACUCAUAGCUGCGGUUGUAAUAUGUAAGUAGAUC